GCAACGGAGAGCGACCCACGCAAGGCACGGGUUCACUCAAAGCUUGUUGGCGUUAAGUGGGGCGCGCGAUGUGGACGCUCAAGAUAUUGCUCGUUAGUGUUUUUUCUAAAGCACUCUUGAAUGAGUGAGGCGGCUCUGUGGAGUCCACUCAGGACAUCGGCUACUGCGCCUCGUCCACUAUGCAACUCACGUCAUUCUCCUGAUUCUCCGUUUGAUGCGUGUCGCGUGCGGCAAAACGCUACUGACGUGAACGCGUCAUUUGUGCAGCGCUUGACUCUCAUCCAAGAUGAAACAGACCGCCUCAUUGGACUCGGGAACUGCCAACACAGCUGAAGUUUGCGGGAACGACGACAGUACUGUCAAGAAGCCAUGCCAAGUGUGGUUGGUGCCCGCUUGGAUAGCGUUUAGCUUUGUCGCCGUGCUGGUCAUCGCGCUGGGUAUGCUUGCGUUGUGUUUGUUCAGAGUGAACGCCCUUGAAAGUAAAGUUGCGAGCUUGGAGGAGCGCACGUACCAGCUCGAAGUCCGGAGAGAUGGCCAGGCGGCUGACCAGCUCUCAUCGGCGUUCCUCGCAGCGAGACGGCGAAGACGGCGGCGCGACGUCGAGCCUGCCUGCCUGUGUCCUCCAGGUCCGCCGGGACGGCGAGGAAGGCGCGGAGCGAAGGGUGAAAUAGGAGAACUCGGUCCUCCCGGUCCGCCAGGGCUCCCGGGCAAACCAGGCUUUCCGGGUGCAAUCGGCAUCGACGGCCCGAAAGGCGAACCCGGUCCGAUGGGACUGCCCGGCGUGGCAGGGCCGAAGGGCGACAAGGGAGACAAAGGCGAAGGCGUCGUCGUGCGAUCCACUAAAGGCAUGAAAAGGUCCGUCACGCGGCUGCACGGUGGUACACUUGGAUACACGGAAGUUAUAGCCAUGAAAGGAGCUCCGGGUGAACCGGGGCCCCCAGGCCCUCCAGGACUGCCCGGAUUCGACGGACGAACUGGACCGCCUGGGGAAGUGGGACCUCCGGGCCCGAAGGGCGACAAGGGUGACCACGGCUUCGUCGGCCUGCCUGGAGACCCGGGCGUACCAGGUCUACCCGGCCCAAAAGGAAACACCGGUGCGAACGGUCGUGACGGGCUGCGGGGUGAGAAGGGAGACUCUGGCGUCUCUGGCGCACCCGGUGUGGACGGCGAAAAAGGUGAUAAAGGAGAGCCCGGUUCAGUUGUGACAACAGAUGGUGUUUCGAUUCCUACUUCGUUCGUGCAGGGCCCACCCGGCCCACCUGGUCAGAAAGGUGAGCCAGGUUUGAAAGGACCACUAGGGCCGAAGGGAGAAAAGGGAGAUGAAGGGAAAAAAGGCAAAAGGGGUCGCAUUGGCAUAUUCGGGAAGCCAGGAGCGAAGGGCGAGAGGGGUGACCUCGGGCUGAAGGGCGAGCGUGGAGUACCCGGUGAGAAAGGAGAAAAGGGCAGUUCUGGCGAAGCAGGCCCUUCCGGUGAGCCAGGAGAGAUGGGACCACCUGGUGCCAUGGGUUUGACUGGAGAAAUGGGGCUGCAGGGGCUUCCAGGUCUCCCGGGCUAUCCGGGACCCAAGGGUGAAAGAGGCAUUCAAGGAGACUAUGGGCCGCAAGGAAUGAUGGGGCCACCUGGGCUCUCGGGCCCUCCUGGAAGACAGGGACCUAAGGGAGAAAAAGGUGACAAAGGGGAAUCAUCGGUAGCAAAGUACGCAAGGCAUACUCUUUUGGGUGCCAUGGAUGACAGGGACUUUUCUAUGAUAGGUGGGCCACCAGGUCCACCAGGCAUGCCUGGAGAGCCUGGUCUUCAGGGGCCACCAGGUAUCAAAGGGGGCAGAGGAGCAGAUGGGCAGAAGGGAGAGCCAGGGGAAAAGGGGGAAGCAGGCAGUCCUGGUCCAUUGGGUCUUCCUGGACCUGCCGGUUCGAAAGGAGAUCCAGGGAAAUCAGGUUUUGAUGGAAGGCCUGGUUUGGUUGGAGAACGAGGCGAACCUGGGCGUAAGGGAGACAAAGGGGAACCGGGAAUACCUGGCCUAGAUGGCCUUCCAGGUCACCAAGGGGAGCCUGGUAUUCCUGGUCUUAGAGGGAAACCUGGGCGAAAAGGGGAUAAAGGUGACAGUGCUUGGUCUGCAGACCCCUGCCUACCUGGACUUAAUGGUCUGCCAAGCAAAGGCUGUUCAGGAGAUCGCAAAGGAGAUGGCCAGUCUGCUGCUGCUUCUACAAAGCACCUAAGCUUCCGCUAGUGUGUUCUCUUCAUUUUAUAACUUCUGUUGUAUAAAAUAAUGUGUCCGAGAGGGGGUGCCUUUGUAGAUUUGUGCUAGUUUGUUUUCACUGUGGAUAGGUCAUAUUUUUGUGUGUCUUAUUAAUUUAAGUGCUUGUACAUCAUGUCUGUGUGUUUGAAAUUUUGUGAUGUCUUUCAUCAGUGUUGUGGUAUUUUAUUUUGUCAUAGCUGCACUGACUUAGAAUCUUAUGCCUUCAUGCCAUCAGAACAUCUUGUUCAUAAAACGCAUCCUCUGAAAUAGUUCCUUUUUGCAAGAAUGCAGGCAUUACUCUUGACUUUGCAUUGCUGUGGAUUCAGCUGCUUUGUGGCUGAAGAAUUGCCUUUUAAGGUCUACAAAUCCUCUCAAGUUGUUGUUUAUCCUUGCAUACGAGUAUGUAAUCUAGCUUCUGUGAUGCCGUCCUAGCAGUUCAAAGUAUGCACAACAUAUAGGACUACGUGCUUUCUGAGUGCUGUUUUAACUUGCAUGGUGCAUUCAGUCUGAGUAAAAAGCUUUUCAAGCUUUCUUGUGUGGUUAACCUGCAAUGCUAUGCUCCAUGGCAGCUAUGGGCAGCCUUUUGCUGUUAGGGCCUGCCAUGCAUGAGUGUUCAGUAGGGGCAGUUGUCUUACUGCGGUAGCAAUGUAGACAUAGAUGUUAGCAAUAGAGUACUGGUAGUACCUGCCUUGGAUUGAUCUCACAAAGCCUCUGUUCCUGCAAAUCUCGUUCUCUGCUACAUUCCGUGCACUGCUCAGAGUUCUUAAGCAGCAAUACUCUAUCAAUAUGUUUAUACUAGUGCCAAAUACAUGUGCUUUAUAUACACACUUUAUCUUUACACCUUCUACACUUAUGUUGUAUUUUUUGCAACAAGAUGUAAGCCAUUUUAUUUAAUUGUGCUAAUGCAAACUUUUACUCAUGCUUUUACCUUUUCAUUCAUAUGGCUUGGCAUGAUGUAUUCUAAUAUAAGUACAUCUGGUUAUCUUCUUGCCACCUGUAUAGAAGGAAAAUAAACACAUCUUAUGUGGA